ACGAUGCCCAGGCCAGUGCCAGCCGACGCGUGUGUGCGUGUACGUCAACAAACCACCGGUAUACAGAACAAACCAUCAUUCAACGUGAGGAUGUGGGUGGCUGUUUUGUUAUAAAAGCAGGGGAAGGAAAACCAGUGAAAAAUUGCAUUUCUUUGAUGUAAAUUUCUUUCAAAGCUGUCAAAGUGUCCGGGACACUAUCUUGCAUGAUCAUGCCGUUACCUGGGGAAGACGAAAGCUUCAACACUGGUGGUCAAAUCGACACCAUGGUAAUGGCUAUGAUAGACACAGCUUACGACAAGAAUGCCGGCGUACGUACAAUCAUCGCUACAUCCCUUGUAAACAUUGGAAAGAAGAAACCUGCAUUGAUGUUGCAUUCAUGUCACAACUACCUACGCAAACAUAGCAAGCUCCAGAAGGACCAUCGAGUUGUCAUCUUGCAGACCAUGGAGCGAGUCUUAAAGGACACCCUAGACCGAGUGCCUUUACCCCUCAUCCCUGACCUGGUCAAACUUGCGUCCGAUGAGCUCACAUCAGCUAAGGAGGUGAAUCCGGAGUGGCAGACAGCGGCUAGCGGUGUCCUGGUAGCUCUGGGUCAUAAAUACUGCAAUGAGGUCAUGGAGGAGCUCGUGCGUAAAUUCCAGCCGGGGGCGCUUCCACACUAUUUCGUCAUCCACACGAUGGCUAAUCUGGCCACAGCCAAUAGUUUUGGCUUUGUGCCGUUUCUUACGGCUACACUGGGCACCAUGCUCCCCAUGCUUGGAAUGGCCAAGCAGGACAAUAUGAAAUGGGUCAUCGUUAAUGCGUUAUCAAAAUUCAGCGAGAGUAUCGAAGACUACGUGGCCAACAUUGAGAAUGCCCCCGAUGCGUCAAUCAGUAGGCAUACCUACUCCACACAGAUCUUCACUGCGUUUGACCACGUCUUCAAUUCUUGGCUGCAGUCAAAAGAACCAAAGCUACGCUUGAUUGUCGUGGAGGCGCUGGGCAACAUGUCUAAGAUCAUUUCCCAGGAGCGUCUCGAAGAGCAGACCCCAAAACUCAUCCCUUCCAUCUUGAACCUGUACAAGAAACACCAUGAGCCAUUCUUCAUUACGCAGGGCCUUUGUAUGAUAUUAGAGGCAGCUGUAGAGAACGGCAGCACUAUGCUGGAUCCACAGCUAGACACCAUACUGAAUACACUGCACGCUCAGGUAUGUGUACCACCAGAUUUUGUCCAACCCAUUACGAUGAAGAACCACAAUGAGCUGUUGCGUUGCUUCGCCGUUGUCGCUCGGUCCUUCCCAGAUCGCGUCGUUGGGUACCUCCUCCAGAAAAUAGAAGGCAACGAGAAAGUCCGUAUCGGGACCCUCUUUGUCUUCAAGCAACUCAUCAACUCAGCAGGUCCACAUAUGGAGACCAAGAAGUCGCUGAUUCUGUCUGGUUUAAGGAUAGUUCUUGGAGAUCAGAGUAAUAAGAUAAAGAGGAUAUUUGCGCAGGUGGUGAUUGCGAUGGCUCACCACGGUUACCUGGAGCUAGAGGGCGGUAAUCUCAUGGUAGAGUUUGUGGUGAAGCAGUGUGCCCUCUCACCGAACGACGUCCAACAAACGAACAAGAAAGAGAAAGCUGAUUCAGAGCAAGUGACCAACGCUGCGUUGAAAUCUAUGUGUGAAAACGUCAUGAAUCUCAUCACCACAACAGUUGUGGAUAUGGAAUCAGUACUAUGGCCCUAUCUGAUGGAGUUUCUAAUCAUGCCUCAAUACACCGAUGCAAUGGGUACACUCUGCCAGAGCUUGGCCUUCAUCGGAGCCAAGAAACGCGAUGAGGAAGCUGAUGAUUAUAAACUCCUCUUUGAGGAGUUGAGCAGCCUGCCUAAACCCAACGCUCUUGUGGCUAGACUCAUGGUUAUGGCCGGGCGACCAGACAACGGUCGAAAACGUGGCAUCCAUGUUUUGAAGCUGAUGCACGCGAUGUCUCCCAACAUCCACAGUGGUAUUGUGGACAUGUGGGACGCUGUGAUACCUAAACUCAUGCAGUACAUUGAAGAAAACUUGGACGAUGAAGAAAAGUGGUCGCAGAAGUCCUGGGAGGAUUUACUGUUAAAGCUGCUCUCCAAGACGUUAGACACAGUGGAAGAGGAAGACUGGCACUGUGACAUCGGCACAGCUCUAGGACAACAACUCCCACUGUACCAAGAUACACCUCAAGAAAAGAAUUUCUUGUUCAAGUGUCUUGGGGUAGUGAUGCGAAAGGUAAAGAACACGCAGUUUGUGCAGAAGCAGCUUGACAUCAUGUUCUCCUCUAUGAAACACAACGAUCACAUAGAAAGAGAGGGAUGUGCCUACGGAAUGGGAUUUUGUGCUUCUUCCCACCUGGACGUUGCACUGGCCAAACUAGAAAGCGUCGCCAAAAUGGACAUGGCUCGUAAGUCUACCGGCUUCUUUGGACUGGUCAAGAACCAGACGUUAUUCUCAGAUAAAUCUGAAGCUGAUGUGGAAAGAAUCAAGAGCACUGUGAUGCUUUCCUAUGGGUACGUCACGCUGUUCGCUCCCAGUGACAUCAUAGCGUCUCGAGUGGAGGCUAACAUCUUGAGAAACAUCAAUCCACACUUUGGCAAUGUCAAGGACACCUCCGUGAAGCAGAACUUGAUCCGAGCGGUGGACCUUAUCGGGACGGCUUUGCACACUGACCACCUGAAGCGUCUCUACUCCUUCAGUAAGAAGACGGAGCUCCUUAACCACAUGAUGAUGUACAUGAAGGCUGAGAGCACCAGGGACCUGUCUAAUGAUACCAGGAGCCUUGCCAUGAAAGCCUGCGCUACGUUGGUCAAACUGGAGCCUCAGCUGAGCGAUGCCGACACCUUUGACCUGAUCAAGACCAGCACCGACUGUCUGUUCAAGUUACCGGCCGGGCUGCUGGUACCCGGCAAGGGCAAGGAGGAAGCCAAGGAAGAGCAGGUGCGAGAGAACGAGACGCUCAUCAAGGCUUCGUUUAAGAGUCUUCAUGACCUGCUGGAAGAGCUACUUCGCAAGGACCUGACCUCGCAGGGAUUUCUGAAAGUCUUCAAACAUCUGGAGCCAUGGUUUGUGUCGACCCAGGACCAAGAGAGGGAGAGGACGCUUGCAGCCACCCUGGCUCUGCUUAAGUUCUAUCAGGAAAAUCUCACAGACGUCUCCUCGGGCAUGGGAUCAUUUUCAAAUAUGGGCAUAUUGAUCGGUCGACUGGUUCCCCGUUGCUCGGAUCCUGUCUUCGCUGUUAGAGAGAGCGCUCUGGAGUCCAUUCAGCUCAUCCUCAAGAUAGAUCUGUUAUAUCAAGGGAAGAACUCAACUUUUAGGGACCCCGUUGUGGAAGCACUUGCAAGCCUGCGGACCAGGGCACAACAGACUGACCCUAACAUGCUAUACGGCCUCGUUAAUGACCUUGCAAAGGGUCUGUCAAAGAAAAUCCCUUCUGCGCAACUCAAAUCUUUCAUCUAUAUGUUGAUAGAGGGCCUCCUUGACAUUCAAUCCCACUGCUCCAGCGGCUCUUGUGUCGUCCUUAAUGCCAUGCUGAAGAACCGGGGCACUGAGCUCAUUGUGGAUGUGGGUGAGAUGAUUGCCGCCAUCCAUUUCAAAUUGAUCAACAUCAAAUGUCAGCAGACUCGCACUGGUACCCUGCGUGCCGUCCGUACACUGGCGACCAACCACCUGGCAAACGUGAUGGAUACUCUAUUGAAAUACCCGCUGCCGUAUGAUGAACACAUCAAAGACUGUUGGAAGUCGCUAGCCAGCGACCCUCUUAUUCUCAGGCAUAUAUUCGACAGUUUUAUGGACACGCUGACCCGUAAUGUCCACUACGAUGAGAAGGUCGAUCAAAAAACGAGGAAGACUCUUUCCAAGACUGCAACAUUGCCUCCUCUUACUAUUGUACAUGCCCUGAUCGAGAUCCUUCAGGUGGAAGAAACAGAGCCGACCCUUCGUGAGCAGUUCCAUCGCAUCUUUGCUGCCUUGCUGAUCUACGUCGGCUCUUGCAUCGGAGUCAAACCACCCCCUCCUCCUGAGUCCACCGGCAAGAACGGAACGAGCAGUAAAGAGAAGAAAGCUGUCACCAAGGCUUUUGCAUCCAUCAAACCCUCUGUAGUUGCAGUGGAUGCCCUUAGAAUGUUGAUCCAGAGAGGCCAAGGAGCAGAGCUGAUAAAGUUCCUGGAGGAUGGAGGGGUGUGGGAAACCCUGCAAGACACUGAGAAGUAUCAGGAUGGGGUCACCAUCUUAGCACAAGGAAUGGCGAAGCAGAUGUCAGGCUACUUGGCUAAGAUCGUGUCUAGUUUGAUUCCGUCAUUAGCGAGUCUGUAUGAGCCACAACGAGUGGUCACUGCAGCUUUCUUGGCCGAGUUGGUGAAUCAGAAGUGUGGAGGGGACAUGCAGCUGGUUGAAGACAUCAUGAAUAACCUGUUGGGCAGGAUGGUCGACUCUUGCCACGUUGUACGCAUGCUCUGCAUCAGAGGUCUGGGGAAUAUUGCCAGCCUGGGUCCCAAUCAGGCCCAGAAGUAUUGCACAACGGUUUUGUCGGCCAUGAUGGCGGGUAUGGAUGACAAGGAAGACACCGACGAUCAGAUCCUGCUGGAAUCAAUGACCGGUCUGUCGCGAAUCAUCGUCAAGAUUGACGAGUCCAACAUCAGACCCAUUCUUGUCAAUAUCGCUCUCAGGAUACGACCCUGCUUCGAAAAGGAUCGUGCCACCUCCAGAGCCGUGUCGUUCACCUUAUUUGGCAACUUGAGUCGUUUUGGUGACGGCCCAUCAAAGGCGCCCUUCUUGGAACAGAUUCAUACAAACUUUGUCAGUCUGUUACUUCACCUGAAUGAUGAAGAUGAAGAUGUGAAGAAUGCCUGUAAGUACGCCCUGAAGGAAGUCGGACCACGUCUUGGUUCGGGCGCUCUCAAUCAAAUGUUCCAGAAACAUCUUCUCGACGGGCGCUCACUCAAUUACGGAGAGUUCAUGUUCAACCUCUCCAAAGUCAUAAUCGAAAACUUCUUACAGAAAGUGAACUUCUAUGUGAUGGGAAACGUCAGUUUCUUCAAGAGCUCCUGGCCGGACAUCCGCGGUAAUGCUGCCAUGUUUGCUGGGUUUCUAUUGGGUAAUCUGCCAGAGGCAAGUCAUACGCUCAUCACCAAGGAACAUGUCUGUGGUGCACUCAUCCUACUCUUGAAGGAUCCAGACGCUGACGUGAAAGUGAAGGCCGCCGAAGCAAUGAGCUUACUAUCCGAGUACUAAACACUGUAUUAUUGGUAAGACCUUUGACCUUUGACCUUCGAAACCCCUAGGUCAUUACCAUGACAAAGGUUAUGUACCCCUUGCAACAGAGACCUCUUGGAGGUCAAAGGAUUGCUUGAGAGUUGUGGCUGCCUUGUGCGUCUUCGUCAGCACAUCAUUUGAGCUUAGCUAUGGUGGCCUUGCAAGGGGUCUAUAUACCCUAUGCACAACAUGCAGCGCACAAACUUGCGCGUAUCCUGUCUGCCAUUUUGUGCGUCAAAGCGUGCACGAAAGGAAUGGACUCCGAUAAAAUGGUAGAAAUGGUAGACGGGCAUUGUUCGGAGGUGCGUAAACACGUGUACCAUUCUUUUGUGUGCGUUUUUGACACAAAAUGUUUGAAAGCAGAGGGGCGUGCGAGGGUGCUGCGCGUUUACAAUUGGUCUAUUGUAUCGCUUAAAGUGUGCGCGCUUUGCCUGUAAAUGCUUUAAUGUAAAGAAAAAUGUGAACUUAUUGUGAUGAUUUUCUGAAGAUACCCGUCCACAGAAACACCGAAGCUGCAACUCAACUGAAAUGUUGUUGUUGUUCGAAAACCAAGUCUGCGAAGAGCGGACAGUAAUUUCUGGGCGCAAACAGGUUAUAAGCCAAAAUGUUUUGUAACGUACAGUGCUUGUGACUGGUAAACAUGCUGUGUAAAACACUGCAGUGAAUUGUGUCGAGCUUUGUCUACUGAGUAAAAGAGGGUUUAAAGACAAUCCCCAGAUGUGGGAUGUUAUGGUAUAAAAGUGUACUACAUGUACUACGAAAAAUGUAUAAUAUUGAUAAAUAUUAAUGGGAGUUUAUUGUGAUGCCUUGCGUUUAAAAAAACAAACUUUUUCAAAGCAAAUGCAAAAAAAAAGUUAAGGCAGGUUCACACUUUAUUUUAAUGUUGAGAAAAUACAAUUUUUAAUGUCUGGUGCAUUGACUUUAAACAAAUUUAUAGCAUUAUUUACCUCCAGUGCUGUUUGACCAGAGUGAGGGGAUCUGCCUAUUUAAAAUAAUAUACCUAGGGGAAAAUACGUUGGCUUGCAAAUGACGAGACAUGAAAGCAAGUGCAUUUAUUUACAGUGCGGUUAAAAUGGGAAAAACAUGAUGGGGGUGGAGCUACAUCAGCUGGGUAACCCUCAUAGCUGCUUUAAAGGUGUCGAGGGACGAGUACAAAGCUGGAUCCUUCUGUAGAUUGUUCCAGUCCCAGAUGGUGCGGGGGAAGAAGGAGGUAGUGUACACUGAUGAGAUUUAGAAGAGUUUGCGGUAACACCAUGUAAUGACUAUCUCUAAAUGAGUUGGGGUGGUUCUGAAAAGAACCGUUGGAUUAACUUUAUAAAAUCUUAUGGUGGUAGCCCAUUUACAUUCCAGUAUGGGUUUUCCAUGGAUUGUAGUCAAACUUUGGAAGUACACGUUGUUACAUGUUGAUUGGCUGGUGUAAUACCAGAUUAAAAUCAAUCCUCUAAUAUUAAUAAGCUUUCUCCCUCAAGAUUUUGUCAAAACUGGAGGGCAUUCUGCAGCCAAGUUUUGGAAGUUCGGCUUUAGCACGCCAAGUUGAAUUUACAAUUCAUUAUCCUUCCUGCUUAAAGGCAGUGGACACUAUUGGUAAUUACUCAAAAUAAUUAUUAGCAUAAAACCCUUCUUGGUGACGAGU